AUGUCGUUUACUAUUGUAUUAAAAUUGAUCAUCAAGAAGUCCUCAGAAAAUGUAGAUGAGAGUGGUAUGAAUUGUAAGACAUUCAAAGAAAAUAAAAAAAAGAACAAGAACAGCUUAACUGCAAGAAAAGAUCACAACUGUAUCUCACUUCAGUUCCAGGUGAUGUUGAAUAUCAAGUUAAAUGCUUUAACCGAGGCUCUUGUCGAUAACGAAUCAACCAAAAAGGCUGUUUUCCGAAAAAUGAAAGGGACAUCUGCCCCAAAAAAGGAUGACAAUGAAAAAACUAAAGAAAUUAUUGGCCAUGUUAUAGGCGAACUAAAUAAAACAAAUGUUAACAAGACAAUUCAUGGGAAAGUUUUUGAGGCCUUUUGGAAGACAAUAGAGACAAUGCUGCCAGACGAUUCAAGUGAACGAUAAGAAGAACAGGAUUGUGACAAAUUUAAACUUACUUACUCAUAAAACAUAGUUACAUUUACAUGGAGUAAGAUUAUUAAGUCCUCUACUCUGCUAUUGGCAUACCCACCAAGGAAAUGGUAUUUCAUGCCCAGGAAAAACCUGAAAAUGACAAAAUGUUAUUGAGUUUGAAUUUAUGAUUUAUGUUUGAAGGAACAAAUAGAAAGUACAUAACAUUUUAAUGUGUAUACAUUUGAAUGUUAUAAGUAGCAUUAUAUUUUUUGUUUUAAUGUUUUCAUACACAUCAGGUUUUGCUAGACUACAUUUUUCAUUUGUCUGCUUUUAUGUAAUUAUCGAUUUGCAUUGACGAUUAUGAUUUUUGUAUUAAAUUUGCAUAACCCUAUAAUGAAAGAACGGCAAUAAUCUCUCCGUAUAGUUAAACAAUUGUAUAGUUUAUAUAAUUUUAAGUCUUUGGUUACCCACGAAGAAGUAGGAUAUAGACAAAAUGUAACACUUUUUAUACUUCAGGUCAUAAAAACAGAGACAGUUCAGUUUAUCCCCAAAAUAAAAUAUAAUUAGUUACUAUUAUCAAAUAGAUAAUGAUUAGAUGAUGCUUAAAAUUUCGAUUUUGUAAUAUAUAAGGUGUAUAGUAAUAAAAUGUAUUAAUAACCUUUCAACUAAGUUAUUUGUAUCUUGAUCUUAAUGAAAAAAUAUGUCUUCCAUAGUUGGCCCAUCGACAUCCCAACUUGUCAGUACACCAGUUGUCUAACAAGUAGUCUGUUAUUUGUUUGGAAGGCAUCUUCUCUUGCAGCAUUUGAACUUUUUGAAAAGUAUAUUUGUUGAUGAAAAAUUAUAUUGACACAUUUCUUUUGAGUAUAGGAACAGAAUCUAUAGAUUAAACACGCAUGUACUCAUAAGCAUUGUACAUUUAUAGGUAAGAUCUUCAAAUCGCAUCAAGCAACUCUUUGUACUUUUAAAUUAUUUUACUGAUAUAAUUCAAUAGAGAUUCAUUGCUAUAUGUUUUAGUGGGUUCUUUUUAUCUUUUAUCAACCAAAAUUUAUGUUUUUUGUAAGUGUCACUAGUUCAUGAGAUAAAUAUUAUUAUGUAAAAUUAUUUAUCUAAUAUUCUUUGCCAAAAUUCAACUGAAAUUUGUGUUGACGUUAAUUGUAUUAAAUUUGAUAUGCAGGAAAAGAUGUUUCUUUAGAUGAAUCUUUCUUAGCAUUGUCUAUUGGUCAAUUGUCAAAUAACUAUCACUGCAAGAAUAUGUGAAUAAUGUCAUAGUUUAACCUGUAAUUUUUACAGACAAAUAUAUUAAAAGAUAUAAUUGAA